UGUUUACAUUGCAAGAGAAAAACAAAUUGCGCCUUUUAGUGGGGAACAAGGGAAAGACAUUCACACCGUUGAUGAGUUCAUAGAAGAGGUAGAGCGUACGAUGAGAGCACGGGGCCUACAGGGGGAGGAGCAGGUGGACUUCAUCUUCUCGCAGUUAAAGGGGUCAGCUCUGGAGGAGGUUAAGUUACGAGUGGGUGGACAGGUCAAGCAACCCAGUGACCUAUUUUCAUACUUGAGGGAGGCAUUCAGAGAGAGACGUACUACACCACAACUCUUACAUGCUUUCUAUGCGCGCAGGCAGUUAGAUGGGGAAGACUUGCGGGAUUUUUCACAUGCGCUCUCACAUCUGCUCAAUUCUGCCCUUCAACAGUCCCCUAACGCUGUAGGUGAUGUACAGCUAGCACUUAGAGACCAGUUAAUUGAAGGAGUACGUGACUCCACCCUUCGACGUGAGUUGCGCAGGCUUAUUAGGGAGAAGCCGGGUUUAAGCCUGUUUGAUGUGCGAGAAGAGGCAAUGAUGUGGACACUGGAAGACCGGCCUCACAGUACUAAUGUGGCGAGGAGCCGAAAUCUUGUGUGCUGUGACCCAGACAAGGGUUCAGGAGAAACAGAUUUGGCCGGUAAUGCACAGACUGACUUGACCACCACUCUGCAGGACGUAGUUAAAAUAAUUGCGCAGCAGGGUAAAGCAAUUAGUGAGCUAACCAACGCAGUCCGUGAUCUCACAACCCACCACACUAGUUCAGAAAGGGAAACCAAGGAGGUUCGAUUUAAAAUCAAGCCGAAGUAUACAGAUGACGGACAGCCGAUUUGUCUACGAUGCGAGGGGGUUGGACACAUGGCCAGACAAUGCAAUCGACCACGUGACGCAGGAGGAUCUCCUAUUGGUCAGCCUAAUCCUGCGGUUCAGGGAAACAGGAACCCUCCAUUGCUAUGAGCUGGGCAAUGCGAGGCAAGUCAAAAGGCUCAAAGGACGUCCUCACCAAAGAACGGUUUCUACGACAUGCUGUAGGCAAAUGCCCUGAGGUAGACAUCCAGAUUGGUGGAGUUCUGCUUAGGUGCCUACUGGACACAGGUAGUAACGUAAGCACGUUGACAGAAAGCUUCUUCAGAGAUCACCUGCAUGGGGAAGAUGAAGAUAUGCAUUGUACCGCUAAAUGGCUUAAAAUCACAGCAGCCAAUCAGUUACCUCUUCCCUACUUAGGCUAUGUUGAGCUAGAUGUGCAGGUGAUGGGAUUCAACAUUCCAGAGUGUGGAUUCUUAAUAAUCCGAGACGAUAAUACCAAACGAGCAGAUUCAUCUCCACCUGGCAUUAUUGGGAUGAAUAUUGCAAAAAGGUGUCGACAGAUGGUAAUGUCAGAGUUUGACACAGCUCUACAGGGAGUGCUGGAUUCUGAUUGGAGAGACGCUUUUCAUCAAAUGCAGGGGGCAGAACUUGCCGGAAAAGUGUCUACAGCCCAUGUGGCAGGAAAACAGAAAGUGCAUAUACCUGCUUCAGCUAUUGUUACAGUUCAUGCAAGGGGGCUCAGGAAGUCGCUGCGUAGGGGCUCCAGCAUGCUGCUUGAGCCAGGGCCUACGCCACUGCCUGGCGGGUUGAUUGUGUUCCCCACAGUGGUUUCAGCCGACAGUCAGGUGUUCCCGGUCCAAGUGGUCAACUUCUCUCCGGAGGAUGUGUGGUUAUCCCCGAAGACGAGGUUAGGUGUCCUCAGUCAGUGUCAGUGUGUGGACGGCGACCCCUGCGAGGUAAAGUUUCAGCGUAUCACCGCUGACCACGAGGAAGUGACGAUUGACCGGAAGGAUGAUCAUGGAGGUGACAGCGACAUACAGAACCUAUUAAAGCAGCUACACCUAGGAGGUACGCUAGAACAACAGGUGGAAUUAGGAGAGCUUCUGAUGAAGUAUGCAGAUGUGUUUGCAAUUCAUGAUGAAGAUCUUGGAUACACUGAUACGGUGAAACAUGAAAUCCCCGUGGUUGACGAGACGCCAGUUUCACAGCCGUACCGGCGCAUUCCCCCUAAUCAGUACAAGGAGGUCAGGGAACAUAUUUCUGAACUGCUGAGAAAAGGCGUGAUUCAAGAAAGUUCAAGCUCCUAUGCCUCGCCUAUUGUGUUGGUGCGCAAGUCUGAUGGAAGUUUAAGACUAUGUGUGGAUUACAGGAGGCUGAACCUGAAGACCAGGCGUGAUGCAUUUCCACUGCCCCGAAUUGAUGAAACUUUAGACGCCCUGAGUGGCGCAAAGUUCUUCUCGACAAUCGACCUCGCCAGUGGAUACCAUCAGGUUGCUGUACACGAGAAGGAUAGGAACAAAACUGCUUUCACUACACCAUUCGGGCUCUAUGAGUACCUGAGGAUGCCUUUUGGGCUCUGUAACGCACCUGCAACCUUUCAACGCCUGAUGCAGACUACAAUGAGUGAUCUUGUGUUGCAGAUUGUAUUGAUCUACUUGGAUGACUUGCUUGUGUUUUCAUCAACAUUUCAGGACCACUUGGUGAGGUUAGAGACAGUUUUCAAGAGGUUGAGAGAGACGGGGCUAAAAGUCAAAAUGAAGAAGUGCCAUUUCCUCCAACCUGAGGUCAGGUUUCUUGGCCACCAAGUUUCAGCUCAAGGUAUUGGCACAGACCCUGACAAGAUCGAUGCAGUGAAGAAAUGGCCCAUCCCCAGUACUGUGAAAGAGCUGCGGUCAUUUUUAGGGUUUUGCAGUUACUAUAGGAGGUUCAUUGGGGGUUUCUCCCAAAUUGCAGGGCCCCUCCACGAUGUUGUAAAUGUUUGCAUUAAAGAGAACAGUAAUGCCAAGAAAAAUGAGUUGUUCAAGUUAGCCUGGAAGCCACACUGCCUACAAGCUUUUGAACUCUUAAAAGAGAAGUUGACCAGCGCCCCCACACUGGGCUACGCAGACUUUAACUCCCCUUUUGUUCUAGAGACGGAUGCUAGUAUUCAAGGUCUAGGUGCAGUCCUGUACCAGGAGCAGGGGGGGAAGCGAAAAGUCAUUGCUUAUGCAAGCCGGAGGCUUAGAGGGGCUGAGAGGAAUGACCAAAAUUACAGCAGUGCAAUUCUGCGGCUGAUGCACUCUCCCGGAAACCAGCAGUCGAUGAGCCAGAGCCUGAGAGUUGUUGCAAUGGACUACACCACACUGGAACGUGCCACAGACGGUCGGGAGAAUGUACUUGUGAUGACUGAUGUGUUCACCAAAUUCAGCCAGGCUUUUGCUACGCGAGACCAGAAAGCAGAUACCACCGCUAAGGUAAUUCUGAAAGAAUGGUUCAUGAAGUAUGGUGUGCCUGAGCGGCUACACUCCGAUCAGGGAAGAAACUUUGAAAGCGCAGUGAUUGCUGAACUGUGCAAGUUGUACGGGGUGAAGAAAACACGAACAACACCUUACCAUCCCCAAGGCAACCCACAGUGUGAGAGGUUUAAUAGGACCCUGCACGACCUUCUGCGCUCACUUCCCCCUGAAAAGAAGCGACGUUGGCCUGAACACCUGCCCGAGCUUGUGUACGCAUAUAAUGUCACCCCACACUCGACUACAGGUUACCCACCAUAUUUUUUACUGUUUGGUGUUCUCCCGCACCUUCCCGUUGACGCACUGUUAGGGCAAGUAGAGGUGAAGCACGACCAAACUGACUGGUUAGCUGUACACCAAGAGCGUCUCCGGGAUGCAUGUGAGAGAGCAAGGGAGUGUGCUGAGCGAAAGGCUGCAGAGAGGGUCGCUCACCAACAGGAGAAGGUGUACUGCCCACCGGUCGAGGUGGGACAACUGGUCUAUCUCCGCCACCGACCACCAGGAAGGAAUAAGAUCCAGGACUCUUGGGGCCCCACUGUGUACAAAGUUGUGGAUAUCCAAGGUAGCACAUAUACGGUGGAGACACUGGAGGGAGGACCGGUGAAGAGGGUGCAUAGGUCCAACUUGCAACCAUGUGUGGCACCUCCACCAGCACCGAGACGUCGCCAUCAGGCAGUGGCUCUGGGGGAUGAACUCAUUGCAAGUCCAGAGUCCGAGAUUCCUGUUCCUGAGUUUGUAGUGGUAGAGAAGGUGUAUUUUCCAGCAUCUAAAGGUGCGGCAACUCCGGAAGGUGAUAACCUGGGCCUGACCGAGGGAUUGGAGAGUCAACUGGAUAAUGUGGCUGAUGGUUGGGAUCUGCUCCCACCGGAAAGGCGUGAACCAACUGAUCACAAUGUGGAGGAGAAAUCAGGACCCUGUCCUGAACUCAUGUUGGAGGAACCCAGUUCACAGGUUGAGGGUUUGGCGGUGAGGCCGGGGCCUACGCCAAGGAAAGGGAACGAUGGAAAUGUUGACGUUGACAUGCUCACCCCUCAACUGCGCAGAACUGGUAUGGUCCUCUACACUUCAAAGCUUCAGGGAAGCAUAGAGGGGCAGGAGGUCACCGGGGACGUUGACUCGUAG